AUGUGUCGUUUCAAACUACAAGUCUGUCCCUACCCUGAGCAAGACCCAGUCUCCUCCCUCAUCUUCAACCCGAAAAACAGUUCUCAAUGGGAACACUGCGAUGAACCACGGCCAUGGGGUCGCCUUUCCUGCGGCAAGCUAGUGAUCGAACAUCCCACCCACCUCACCAAGGCUGAACCAGCUCUGUCCUGCGAAAACACCCCAGCCACUCGCUCCUGCAGCUCCGACCAACGCGAACAGCACAUACAUACAGGCCUCCCUGGCCGUCAAGAGCCCACGCCCUACAACUCGAUCGCGCCCGCAGCUGCAGGCGAAGCACAACUUCAAGGAGAGGCUUGCAAGUGGUGUACUGCAGUGCUGAGACUGGUGGCAACAAAGUCGAAAGAGAUGCAGAAAGUGGCGCGCAAGGAAAUUGCCGAGGUGGAGCGGACGAUGGGUGAAGACGCCGAGUUAAGAAAGAUGCACGGGAAAAUUGCGGACAAGGAACACGAAUUGAACGCCAUGAGACACGAUGCCUGGAGAAAGGCCGCGAUGCUGAUGGAUGAUUUGGCUGCUGCCAGUGGAAAGGAGGAGACGCAAGGCUGA